AUGAAGAGUUUAAUCAAACAGUUACAAGGUAAGGAUAAGUCCUUGGUAACUGCUACAAGUUCAUUAAGUCUGCAAGUAUCCAUCCUUGAGAAAUUGAUUGAUAAUAGUAUUGAUGCUGGAGCCAAUAUCAUCUCAAUUGAACUUGAUUCUAAGACUUGUGGAUUGAAACAUAUUAAAGUAACAGAUAAUGGUAUGGGGAUUCCAUCUAUUAAUUGGGAUUUAUUGGGAUUGGUAGAUCAUAUAAGUCUGAAGAGUUCAUCCAAUUUGUUAUUUGAAGGGAAAGGAUCGAAUUUGUUUAAUAUUUGUCAAUUAGUAUCUGGGUCAAUUAAAUUUACAUCUAAAGGUAAACAAGAUCCAUUUGGAAAGCUGUGGUAUGUAAAGUCUAAUGUUAUAGAGGGGAUUAAUCUUAAAUCGUUAUUCCAAUUCAACCUGGGAACGGAAAUCACUUUGGAUUCAUUGUUUGGCGUAUAUCCAGUGAGAUAUAAUUUCUUAUCAAAGAGGACCAAACAGAGUACGACACUAAUCAGGAAUCUAAUUCUUUGUUAUGCACUAUCAUUCAGAGACAUCAAGUUUAUAUUAAGAUUUAAAGCAAGUACUGAUUCUACUGUUUACCCUUCCAAUUUAAAUCAACUGGAGAUUUUAAAAAUUUGUUUUCCAAAUUUAUCAAAAAUUAAAGCAAAAUUUAAACAAAAGUCAAAUAUUCAAUUAAAUGAACAGAUUAGCUUAUCUUUCUUAGUUUGUGAAGAUCAGAUUCUAUUAAGUUCAAUUGGAGGGAAUGUAAGUAAAAUUUUAUUAAUAAAUGGGAAACUGAUUCAUACUCAUAAUGAGUUAUACGCUAAAAUUAAAAAUGAAGUUGAAACUUUAAUUCAAUCAAUUCUACAAUUUAAACCAAUAGUUUGGAAUCUUGUUCUCAGUGGAAUACCCAAGUCUGAAUUCGAUUCAAAAUUAAAUUUAGAAUAUAUUAGACUUAAUGAUAAUGAAUUUGAAAAGUGGUUAAUUUCUCAGAUCAAAUAUUGGGUGAAGGUUAUUGUGAGGGACGAAGAAGAAUUACUUAAUGUGUCUCAUUCCACCAUGGAAAUAUCGGACUACAUUGAAAACGAUGUUUCCAUUUUCAGUUUAAAUGAUGAAGAAGUUGACUUAACAAAAGAUUCUUCUAUACUGGAGCUGUUUAUGUUGGAUGGAAAAUUGGACUUAGAAGUAGAGCAAGGGUCAGAAUUGAAGGAAAAUGUUCAGCAAUUAGAGAUAUUUGAAGAGAGUGGCUGUAAACUGCUGGAAAAGGUUCAAGAAAUAUUAAAUGUACAAGAAAAUGAUUCAAAUGAUUGGAGUUUCUCCAUGCUUGAUUGUGAUUUUGAUUUAGAAAAAGUUGAGGAAGUAAAAGAUAACGUAGCGGAAGAUUCUCAAAUUGUUGCAAAAGAAUUUCCUAAAAUACAACCAGCUAUAAUAUAUGAUAGAACCACAUCAGUAACAAGAAGACUAAGUAUUCCCACAAAGAGAAAAGAUCCACUGAUUGAAAUGUCUGAUGUUAAGCAAAAGAGAUUAGACCAUUUCUACGAAACUAUUAAGAUUGAUAAAUUUAAAAGUGCUAGAAUUGAAAAUGUCAAACGUAUGAUAGACCCUUCAACUUCAUUCCAUUCUAAUAAUUUAUUUUGGCAAGAUAUCGAAGAAUGGACAAAGAGAAGAGGAAAUCCUAGUGAAUAUAUUUUAGAAGGACUCCAAUCUACUUUAAUCAAACACGAUUUACCAUAUGAAAUCCAACAAUGUAUCGAAAUUCAAUUCAAGUAG